AUGGCCGAACCACCAGCAAUAAUGGUUGACCCACAUCAAUCACAGAUGGCUGAACCUUUGAGUCAAGAUCAAAUUGAUAAUGUAGAAAUGACGAGCAAAGACUAUUAUUUUGACUCUUACGCUCAUUUCGGCAUACAUGAAGAAAUGUUAAAAGACGAAGUUCGAACUCUUUCUUACCGUUCGUCUAUUUACCAAAACCGGCAUCUUUUUAAAGAUAAAAUCGUUCUUGAUGUUGGUUGUGGAACUGGAAUUUUGUCAAUGUUUGCUGCCAAAGCUGGAGCUAAGCACGUUUAUGGAAUUGACAUGUCAAAUAUUAUUGAUCAAGCGCGCCAAAUUGUCGUUGAUAAUAAUUUAGAUGAUAAGAUUACCCUUAUCAAAGGCAAAAUGGAAGAAGUCGAACUUCCAGUUGAGAAAGUUGAUAUUAUCAUCUCAGAAUGGAUGGGAUAUUUUUUGCUUUAUGAGUCUAUGCUUGAUACCGUUCUUGUUGCACGCGACAAAUACUUGAAACAAGGUGGGUUAAUAUUUCCUGACAAAGCAACUAUUUAUCUGGCAGCUAUCGAAGAUGGUGAAUAUAAAGAAGAAAAAAUCGGAUUCUGGGAUAAUGUUUAUGGGUUUGACUUUAGCUCAAUUAAAUCUGUUGCCCUUAGGGAGCCUUUAGUGGACACCGUGGAUGCUAAAGCUAUAGUAACAAGUCCAUUUGCCAUAAAGAUUGAUAUAUACACUGUUCAAAAAUCCGAUUUAUCCUUUUCUGCACCGUUUAAUUUAACUGCCACGAGGGAUGAUUAUAUUCACGCCUUUAUCGCAUGGUUUGAUAUUACCUUUUCAGCUUGUCAUAAACCAAUUAGAUUUAGUACAGGUCCACAUGCUAAAUACACUCAUUGGAAACAGACAGUUUUUUAUACUACUGAUGCCAUCACUAUAAAAAGUGGUGAAUCCAUCAAGGGUUCUUUAUCUUGCGCUCCUAAUAAACGAAACAAUCGAGACUUGGACAUUGAGAUCUCUUAUGAAUUCCAUGGGGAUACAGCUCCUUGUUCUGAAGUGUGUAAAUAUAGGAUGUGA